CUGCUCUCCAAGCCCCGAAUCUGCCAGCCAGUUCCUGAUUUCAGACCAGACUGGCCUUCCUCUGCCUUUUUCAUCCAGCCCAGCAUCCCCUUGAAACAAGCAGUGAAAAAUGGGCCGGAAAAAAAUACAGAUCAGUCGAAUUUUGGACCAGCGCAACCGUCAGGUGACCUUCACCAAGCGCAAAUUCGGGCUGAUGAAGAAGGCCUAUGAGCUGAGCGUGCUGUGCGACUGCGAGAUCGCCCUCAUCAUCUUCAACAGCACUAACCGCCUUUUCCAGUACGCCAGCACCGACAUGGACAAGGUGCUGCUCAAGUACACGGAGUACAGUGAGCCGCACGAGAGCCGCACCAACUCCGACAUCCUGGAGACGCUGAAGCGGAAGGGCCUGGGGCUGGAGAGCCAGGAGCUGGAGCUGGAGCUGGACGAAGGGCUGGACCCCAUGGAGAAGAUCCGGAAGCUGAACGAGGGGGUGGACCUGACGGUGGCGCGGUCUAGGCUCUACUCAUCAGCCCCUCUGCCCAGCCACGAAGCAGCCUACGCGGGCACACCGCCCUCUGGGAGUGACGGAGGGCUCAGCAGUGCCAGCGGGUCCCCGCAGCACCAGAGCCGCCUGCCUGCAUUCAAGUCAGCGAUUCCCAAGCACGGCCAGCCUUCGGGGCGCUCCCCGGGGCCAAUGCCACCAGGCCUUGGCUACCCUCUCUUCUCCCAUGUCAACCUGAACCGAGCCCUGGCUACCAAGACCCCUCCCCCGCUCUACCUAGGGGCAGAAGGCCGCAGGGUGGAUGUCCACAGCAGUUCGUCCAGCGCCAGGAGCAAUCUGACGUCAGCACAGCGAUCGCUCUACCCUGGCCUGCAGAGCAUGAGCCCCGUGCUGCCCGCUGGCAGUGGCAGCGUGCCAGCCCAUAGCCUAGGGGGCUUCCCCUUCCUCUCCUCAAGCCAAGCAGAGUACGGGCCUGGUGAGGCCUCCUCACACCCUGGCUACAUCCAGCCCAACGCCAUCACCUCCUGGCAGCACCACCGAGACAUGGCAGCCUCCGCACACCUGCCGCUAGGGGCAGGCGGCAGAGUGCUCUCCACCGACGAGGCAGCCCGGGCCCCCAGCAGCUCGCCCCAGCACCAGGCCGUCAGCAUCAAAUCUGAGCGGGUCUCCCCGGUGGUCAGCUGCAUCUCGGCCACCCCUCAGCACUCCCUGUCCUCCCUCAGCGACGUCCCCAGAGGCCCUGGGGACCCGCCCCAGCGAGACGAGUAUGCCAAGGCCUAUCACUAUCCGCUGGUCCUGUCCCGGCCGCUGACAGAGGAGCAGCAGGGGGGUGUCCCCAUGCGGCGCCUGCAAGUGACAGACGUUUGGCAGAGAUAGUGGGGCCGGCUGUCCGGGGUGGGGGGACGCCCACGCUGUUUGCGUGUACGUACUGGCAGUGGCAGGCCCAGUGUGUCACAGCCUCCUCUUCUGCUCAGAAGCACUUUUACCUUUCUCCUGGGGUCCCCUGCAGCCACAACUACCCACAGGGCAUGGCUGAGUGCUGGGGUAGGGAGGAAGUCCCAGACCCCUUGGGCUGAGAGUUUCUGGGAGGAGCCCCCCUCGGUGCCCUGCCCCAGAACCCCAUGGGCUGAGAGUGCCUGUGGGGAGCCCCCUUCAGUGUCCUGCCCCAGAACCUCAUGGGUUGUGAGUCCCUGGGGGGAGCCCCCCUCAGUGCCUUGCCGCAGAACCCCAUGGGCUGAGAGUGCCUGUGGGGAGCCUCCUUCAGUGUCCUGCCCCAGAACCUCAUGGGUUGUGAGUCCCUGGGGAGAGCCCCCCUCGGUGCCUUGCCCCAGAACCCCAUGGGCUGAGAGCGCCUGUGGGGAGCCCCCCUCAGGGCCCUGCCCCAGAGCCCCAUAGGCCAUGAUGCCUGUGGGGAGCCCCUCUCUGGUGCCCUGCCCCAGAGCCCCAUGAGCUCAGCGUGCCCACGGGGAGCCCCCUCUCGGUUUGACAUACAUCCCUAGCCUCUUUCCCUCCAACUCUCUGAUUUCAUGUUAAAUGCAUGUUUGGGUGGAAAGUCUGUUCCUCUGAGCUGGGCUGGGGCCCUCGUGGGCAAGGCCCCCCCCAAGCCCUCACUUGCCCCCUACCCCGCUCCUAAUGCCCCAGACCAGCUGCAGGUGCCUUGGAAGCUCCAGGCUGUGGCUGAGCUGCAGGUCUGCUCCUGAUGCCCACAUCAAUGCCUCCCACCCUUCUGCUAGCGCCAGUGCAGCACCAGCCGUGGGGCAUGCCAGCACGGACAGGGCAGGCUGGGAAGGGCUGAGCUGCCCCGUAUGGGGGGGAUUCGGCACAGAUAGCCUCAGCCAGGCCAGCCUGUGGGAUUCGCAGUGUUCAGGUGCCGCUCGGAAUUAUUUUCUAUUUAUUAUGUUAUAUCCAGCCGUCGGUUUCGACCAAUAAAGAUUUG